AUGUUUUAUGAAUCUAUUUAGAAUUGCAGUUGAAGAGGAGAACAAGAUGGUUGUUGAUGAGGAUCAGUUGAAGGAGCAGGAAACCGGGAUCCUUGAACUCGGGAACAGAUAUAAGAGUGAAGGAAACGCUCUGGAUUUACAGAAACUGAUCCAAAUGAUUCGUCCUUUCACUAAACUUCUCAGCAAAGCUAAAGCCGCCAAGUUGGUUCGAGGGCUAGUAGACAUGUACCUGGAUAUGGAGGCAACGACUGGAUAUGAGGUUGAGUUGUGUAAGGAGUGUAUCCAGUGGGCAACCGAGGAGAAGAGAAUGUUCCUCAGACAAUCAUUGGAGGCCCGACUAAUAGCUCUGUACCACGACACUGGACGUUAUACUGAUGCACUGGGUCUAGGAACUCAGCUGCUCAAAGAGCUCAAGAAACUAGAUGAUAAGAACCUUCUGGUCGAGGUCCAACUGCUUGAAAGUAAAACCUACGCUGCUCUGAAUAAUCUGCCUAAAGCUAGAGCUGCUCUAACUAGUGCUAGAACUACAGCUAACUCCAUCUACGUUCCACCCAGAGUUCAGGUAUACACAAUUACAAUUUACACUUUACAGCUGAUGGAAUUUAUGUCCGUAUUCCAGGUUGCUAACCUUGUAUCUGGGAAGCUUGCUCUAAGGUACUCUGGGAAGGAUCUUGAAGCAAUGAAAGCUGUUGCAAAGUCAUCUAAAGCAAGAUCCCUUGCAGAUUUUCAGAGUGCGGUAGAUACGUAUAAAGUUGAAUUGGAGCAGGACAAGAUUGUGGCUAAACACCUGGACACCCUCUACAGUAACAUGUUGGAGCAGAACCUCUGCAGGAUUAUUGAACCGUAUAGCCGAGUACAGGUGGACUACGUGGCAGGGAAGAUUGGUCUUCCUAAGGACCAAGUUGAGAAGAAACUUAGUCAAAUGAUCCUAGACAAGAAGUUUUUAGGAAUUCUAGAUCAGGAGACUGGAGUCCUGGUUGUAUUCACCCCGGAAACCAGAGAUACAACAUGUGAUGACGUCAUUGAAACUAUUGAUGCUAUGAACAAGGUUGUUGACCGACUAUACCAGGCCGCUAAGAAGCUUACAUAAACCAGCUCUUCUCUUAGAGACAAUAAUAAGUGUGAGCGCUCAUGCAACUCAACUGCUUGCAUUCGCGUGGAUGGGUGGAAAUAUAUAUUUGUGAACGUUGUUCCAUGAUCAGUGAUUUCAUAAUCAUAUUCAACAUCUUUAAUCGUAUUUAUCAACUGAAACUAACCAUGUAAAAUUAGAUAUUUUGUUCCAG